GCAGCAAUGGCAGAUCUUGGAUUACCAGGGGGAGUGGUGGAUUUACUUCUACAACUUCUGGGAUGGAUCCUGAAAAGGAAUUAUUUCCUCUUUGAAGGUAAAUUCUAUGAACAAAGCCAAGGCACAUCAAUGGGUUCUAAUGUUGCUCCUGCAUAUGCAAAUUUAUACAUGGCACACUUUGAAGACAAUUUUGUCUAUAAUAAUCAGGAGUUUUGGCCCUUAAUAUUGAUGUGGCUUCGCUAUAUAGACGAUCUAUUUUUUGUCUGGCAAGGGACAGAGGAAUCACUAAAACUAUUUGUAGAUCACCUCAAUUCCAGGAUUCCAACCAUAAAAUUCACUUUGGAGUAUGAUAGAAAUCAGAUACACUUUCUAGACGUGACAGUCAGGCUACAAGAUGGGAAGUUCUCCACUGAUAUAUAUAGGAAACCGACUGACAGAAUCACUUAUCUAAAUCCACACAGUUUUCACCCACCCUCUACAAUCAAAGGGCUACCAUAUAGCCAAAUGUUACGAACAAGACGCAUUGUAAGUGAAGAUGACAAAUUUGAAGAGAGAGCAGAAGAAAUGAUGACCCACUUUGAGAGUAGAGGCUAUGGGACAGAUAUGUUGGAAACAGCCAGGGAGAAAGUAAAAGGUACAUCGAGAACGACCCUAUUAUCCAAAAAAGCAAAGAAAAAAUCAGACAGAUUACCCUUUGUCACUACAUACUCAAGACAAUCAGGUAGGGUAAAAAAGAUAAUAUAUCGACACUGGCAUUUAUUACAGAUGGACCAGAGGUUAAAACCAUGGGUGGCGGAACCUCCAAUGAUGGCCUAUAAAAGAUCAAGCAACCUGAGGGACCAUCUGGUCCAUGCGUUAAUUGAACCACAAAAGAAGCAAGAUCAUAUAAGAAAUGAGUGAUGGAUUAUCCAUUGAAUUUUUGUGUCCUCCUAUUAACCUCACCAAAGGUUUAUUUUUUUUUAAAAAAACGAAAAAACGAGGAAAUAUGUUAAUGAGCACUGUCACUUUAAAUAUAUUGCACUGACCACGGGUCUGUUUUUAUAUUGUUUAAUAUUAGAUUGCACAAUAUGGACUGUUUUAUAAUAUUGAUUGUCACUAUAAUGAACUAAUGAAAGAUGAUUGGUUACUAUAUGUAUUUUUAUGAACAAAUCUUUUUACAUGAAUUCCCUACAUAUGAUUGGACACAUUGAGACACAUGAUUAUAAGCACAUACUAACUUUAGAGGUCAUAUGACCCAGGUCAUCGAUUAUACACAUUGGACACAUUGAGACACGUGAUUAUAAGCACACACCCACUUUAGAGGUCAUAUGACCCAGAUCAUCGAUUGGAUACAUUGAGACACAUGAUUAUAAGCACAUACCCACUUUUGAGGUCAUAUGACCAACUUUAUCGAUUUUAUUAUAUGCAAUGGUAUAAAUCAAUCAAUUCUGCACACAAGCACUUUAGAACAUAUAUUUAUAUGUUUUAUCUAUAUGAUAAAUUGUUUUUUUGUUUUGAUCUGUGAUUAAUUAGUAGUAUGGUUUAUAUCCUGUGUUGCUGGAUGACAUUUGGUUGCUAUGUGAACUAUCGUGAGUUACCCCAUGUUUUGGUUACCUAGCGACAGAGUAAACAUGAGCGCAUGCUUUCCCUGUAGUGCAGGCAAGUACAAUGAAUAUAGAGAGCCGUGUUGCUAAGCGGAUGACUCAUCCGCGGAAGUGACAUAGGCGGAAGUGACGUCACACACCAUGUGGUAAUUGAACAGGGUAUUUAUAGCUCCACACGAUAGGGCAAACGUCAGAAUCCCCUUGACAAAGGCUUACGCCGAAACGUUGGGGCCAUUCUCAUACUGGUGGUAGGUGUAUCUGCUCCUUGCUGUAUAAUUGUAAUACUUACUGUUUACUGUUAUGUAAU